AUGUCCGCAGCUAGCUCCGUUCGCUUGUUUGUUCGCAGCUUCAGGCAGCGCCCAGCGGUGCCCAAAAAGGGCAUCGAGCCGGACGAGUUUCUUUGCGCUCUCUACAACCUUCAGGGCCAUGAUGCCGACAGGCCUAUCCGACUUCAGCGGGUGCCGGCCUCACAGGUUGACCCAGAGACUGGAGGGCUCCGGUGCUACUUUGGCGACCUUUGCCCGGGCACCGGCUAUGUGGUGGCGGUGACGGCGGCACGAGGGGGCCUUGCACUCGGCGAGCCAGCUCGACUUCCAUGCCGAACUUUGCCGCACAUCUUGCCAGCCAUCCCUGACAACGUGAUCCUAAGGAAUUCUGGUCCUACUUGGGCGGAGAUCGCUUGGGAAGAGCCUUGCGAGCUUCUGCUGGAGCUCUCAAGCGAGGGCUGCCGGCGCACAGAGCUUGCGUCGCCUCCGGUGCAGCUGGAGGGGUUGAGGCCCAACACCGAGUAUGCUGUGGCAGUGAGCACACUCUGCAAUCGUCAGCUGGUGCCGAAGCUGUCCUUCGUGACGCCGCAGGAAGACUUGAGUUCUGGUGCGAUGACUUCCUUAACAGCUGCCAUGAAAGACUUGGGGAGCAUCAAAGAGUCUCUUGGUGCCAUCCAUGCCGGCGCGGCCAAUGCCGAGGUGCUCCGACACCUCGGAGCACUGCAGGACAGCUGGGCCUCGCUGCAGCUCUCCGGCGUCACUGAAGAGCUGAAGAAGCUCAUGGACUCCAAUGCCCAAAUGAAAAAGGACAUUUCCAUGGAGUUUAAGCCAGUGCUUUCAGAGCUGCAGGGCAUCCAUCACACUCUCUCGACGUCUUUGUGA